CAAGCAUGCCCGUACACAUCAUCGAAACGGAUAUCGCUGUAUCAAGUUCACAAGCAAAUAAGAGGCAAUUAGGAUAGAAUUGCAGUACACGGGGCUUUGGGCAACUCGAAGCAGCCCAUGAGCUCCCGGCCUCAACAUUCACCAGCGCCCAAUUGCUGACGGAAGCCCAUUUCCCUUCUCUUGCGGGUUAGGGUUAUUUCCCAUCACGUGGAUUCGCGAGACACUUUCGCGUGUCCCCAAGUGAUCAGCAUCGUCAUAGGCGAACAUCCCGGUGACAUCCAAACCACAACCUCCAACGGACGACGUCUUACACGCCGCUUUCCACCAACCUUCCCGACCAGCAACAUCACGUAUCAUAAUCUAACAGAAAACAUCACGAGAACAAAGACCGCACCAAUGUCCACCCAAGCCAACGCGGGAAUCCCGCUGUCCCACGCGCCUGACGGCGUGGGCUACAAGCUCCUUGAACUUCCACCAGAGCUGGUUGAGCUUUUGGAAUCGCCAAAUCCGCCUACCCUAACCCUCCACCCCUCCCCCACCGCCGCCCUCCUAAAAACCACCAUCAACGGUCUCCCCAAGACUUACUCCCUCCGACAAAAGAAUACUUCCAACGGGCUCAUCCUUUUAUCCCCCCUUUCUCAGUCUCCAAACCCAACCCAGCCACCACCAGAACCACCACAACCACCACACACCAGCGACAACCAAGCUAAAGAACCCGGGGAGGACGAAAUGGAAAUUGAACACGAGCAACACCAAGAGCAACACCAAGAGCAAGACCAACAAGGAGCGGGGAUGAUGGAGGAAAUAAAAAUCCCAGGCCUCCGAACCCUCACAACCCUCCACGAAACGAUCGAGUUGGUUCCCGAAGUAGAGGACGCGAGUGCGCCGGCUGUUAAGGCGAGGGGGAAGUGGCAUGAGAAGUUUGCUAGGGGGCGUUAAGUAAGUCAUUAACUUGGUAUGCAUGCGGCUUCUGGUUGAGAGAAAGGUCUUUCUUAGGUUUUGGUGGGAGAUGGAAGAUUGGAGAGGAUGGGAGAUGGAAGGAAGUAGGUUAUGGGAGGGGUAGGUAGGGAAUGGGAGGAUGAAUGGGAAAUAAUGAAAGUGGUGAUGGGAGGACUCAGCUAGGAUAUGGGAGAUUUGGGCGAUAGGAACUGAAAUGGAAGGAAGAAAAGUGGUGGUGAUGUGAUGAUUGAUACCUGUGAUACCCUGGGAGGAGCAAAAGAGAUAUUAGGUAUAGAAGAAUAAGAUGAAAUGUUUUGCUUUGAGUCAAGAUUAGAACGUUUGGUUGUUGAACAUUUACCAGAAAAUGGGGUCAGUCAUAA